CUGGCAGGGGAAGCACCAACGCUAUCACUUUGCCAACUACAAGUUCACGUUUGCGGCGACUGUGUCCAUUCAUGAGGUUCCGACGGGCAGGACUCCGCUGGUGGGCGCGAUGGACGGAGAUAAAACAACACUGCUGGGAAUCUCGUACGGGGAGGAUAUGCAAUGGAGCGCGGUGUGCGGGUCGGACGUGAAGCACUCCUCCACCAAGUGGGAGUUGCAUAAAACAUAUCACGUGGUGCUUCGAGUGGACAACGGUGCGUGCUCUGUGUACAUUGACGGCCAGUGCAUAUCGAAUCCACAACCGAUACCGCCCGAUGGAACGACUUUGUACGGGAUCUCGCACUUCUUCUUUGGCGCGUACGAUGAUCUGCUGGCCGGCAAAAAAAUCCAUGCGACGGUGGCGAAUGCCAUGCUGUACAACCGUCCGUUGAAUGACACGGAGAUCGAUAAGCUUCACCAGAAUAAAGUUUCCAUUCCAAAGCCGCAAAAUACGGAACCACAAGGGGCGGAUUCUGUUCCAGUUCAAGCAAUUUCCAUUAACCAUGCGAGUGUUUCUUCACCCAAAACUGUGCCGGAAUCAGUGCCCUCUACUGGCGCCGCUGUCCACACAGUGAAGACGGAGCAAGUAAUCUCGUCUACGGAGUCCAAGGUUGUGGAAACGGAAAGAGUGACCUCGUCGGGGGAUACGACGAAUGUGGUCACGGAAACCCAACAAGUGAACUCGUUGCAGGAGUCCACGGAAGUGGACACGAAAAAACAACCUUUGCCGCUACCGACGACGACUGUGGAAAAGGAAAACCAACCAGUAACCUUGCCGGAGCCUGGGACCGUAGGUAAGGAAGAUGAAUCCUCGCUGGAGCCUGAUGUCGUAAGCGGGGAACACAGAUCCCCGUUGAAGGGGUCUGAGGUUGUGGGUGAGGGUGAGAGGGAGGAGGCGGCGGCACCGCCAGUGUCCACAGCGGAGGGCGCUUCCUCUACAGUAAAUGCGAACUCUGACCAGCUGCCAAACACUCCUGCCGUUGAAGAAGUUCAUCAAUCUCAGUCGGAAGAAGAGACGGCUUCUGCUGAAGAGGGUGCAGUGCCACAUCCAAACAGCGCAAAUUCUGCUGAUAAUGAUGGGGCAGAGGAUGAAACAGGCGUAACGGAUGCAAACACCGUUCUUGACGGUGGGGUAAACAAAGGCCAAGAGUCUGGUGCGAAGGGAGACGGCCAUCCAGACGCCGCAGCAGCAAAGAAUGCAGCAUCCGUUCUCGCAUCGUACAACAAAAGCAGCGAUGACCUGUUGUCGAAAGGCAGCGCUGAGGAUGGCACUGCGUAUGGGCGCCGAGUGCUGCUGCCGCUGCUUCUGUUGGGGUUGUGGGUGUUUGCGGCACUGUGA